AUGUUGUCAAAGUUCCAAAUUGCAGUCGAUAAAGCGAGGAUGUUGUUUAUGGGGGCCAGGAAAACGCAGGGCUCGUUGUCUCCUUUCACCCAGUGUAGUUUCAGCAGCAGCGCCAAUAUGGUGGAGCAUCAGUCUUCGUCUUCUAAAGUUCAAGCUCUUUACGAAUUAUGCAAGUCCACUUUCUCUUCCUCCGGCCUUCCCCCACUUUCCUCUGCCGUCGUCCAGAAGAUUUGCUCUCUUUUGGACUCGAUUAGCCCGGCUGAUGUGGGGAUGAAAGAGGAAACUUCAGAUGAUGAUCGAGGACAUGGCAUAUUCGGGCUUCAACGCCUCAGUAGGGUUGCUAAGUGGUCUCAGCCAAUAACAUACACAGACGUUUAUGAAUGCGAAAGUUUUACGAUGUGUAUAUUCUGCUUUCCUACCUCUUCUGUUAUUCCACUUCAUGAUCACCCUGGCAUGACUGUGUUCAGCAAAGUUCUCUAUGGCUCCCUCCAUGUCAAAGCUUAUGACUGGGUUGAGCCAGCUGUUCUCUCGAAAAACAAGGAUGGUUUUCCUUCAGAAAGGCUAGCAAAGUUUGCUGUUGACAAAGUUCUGACUGCUCCUUGUGGAACAUCAGUCUUGUACCCGAAUGCUGGGGGGAAUCUGCAUUGCUUUACUGCGUUAACCCCUUGUGCAGUCCUCGAUAUUCUCACACCUACUUACAACGAACAAGCUGGAAGAAAGUGUACAUAUUACCAUGACUACCCAGACUCCACGUUGUCAGCAAGUGGGGCUGAGGUUAAAGAUGGAGGAACAGACGAAUAUGCAUGGCUUUCAGAGAUAGAGACACCAGAGGAUCUCUAUAUGCGCCCUGGACAAUACACUGGCCCUGCUAUUCGCGAGUAG